AUGACAUCUAUUAAAGCAGUCCUAAUCAUUAGAGUAACAGACCAUCAAUUGCUCUUCUCCAAGUCAUAUAAUUAAAAGAAAAUUGACUAAGAUUUUUAAAUUAUUUUAGAUCAUAUGUCAUAAAUAAAUCCAAGAGCUGAAGAACGAGUUACUCUAAAAACAGCAAAUGGAAUUUGGCGUUAUAAACUUGAUAAUAACAAAAUUGCUUAUGUGUUGCUUGCUAUAGAGAACUAUCCAGAUAGACAAAUAUAUGCUAUGAUACAAGAAAUAGAAACAGAAUUAUAGAAAAAGCCUAACUAUGUUGAUUCUUAACCUAAUGAUAUUUAGAAAUAUGCAAAAACCUGGAUGAAAUAAUUACAUGAAAAAUACGAUAAUUUGGCUGGAGUAGACAAAGUUUACGCAGCAUAAUAAUAAGUUGAUGAGGUGAAAAUUGUUAUGGAAGAAAACAUAAACAAUAUGAUAUAGAAUAGCUCAAAACUUGAUAAUUUAGAUGAAAAAGCUAUAACCCUCAAAAAUGAAUCGAUAAAGCUCAAAAAAUCAUCAACUGAACUUGCUAAAAUAAUGUAUUGGAGGAACAUGAAACUAAAGAUUCUUUUUGGUCUUAUCAUUUUAGCCGGGCUGCUUUAUAUUAUUGUCCCAAUAGUUAUUAAUGUUUCAAGAUGA